GCUUUUUCCUCCCUCUGCUGCGGGCGCCAGCACGUCCUGUUUUCGUUGGCCGCUCUCGGAUGGCCGCCCCCGAGGUAGCUGCUUUUCCCCCUUAGUCCUGCUCCUUGCCGGGCUAGCUGAGGGCGGUGCGGCCUCCUUUUUUGUCCGGUUCUUCUGCGCGGUGUCCCGAAGGACGCCGCUUUUCCCGCGGCCGGCAGCAUGGGUCGGGAGUCACGCCACUAUCGGAAACGUUCAGCAUCAAGGGGGCGCUCUGGAAGUCGUUCUAGAAGUCGCUCACCCUCAGACAAAAGAAGUAAACGUGGAGAUGACAGACGGUCUAGAAGCAGAGAUAGAGACAGAAGGAGAGAGAGGUCUCGUAGCAGGGAUAAAAGAAGAUCUCGGUCAAGAGACCGGAAGCGCCUUAGGCGUUCCAGAAGUAGGGAGAGAGAGAGAAGUCGAGAGCGAAGAAGAUCUCGAAGUCGAGACAGGAGACGUUCUAGGAGUAGAAGCCGAGGCCGGCGAUCCAGAUCCUCCAGUCCUGGCAAUAAAAGCAAGAAAGCUGAGAAUAGGUCUAGGUCCAAAGAGAAAACAGAUAGUGGGGAAAGUUCUAAAGAGAAGAAAAAAGACAAAGAUGACAAGGAGGAUGAAAAAGAAAAAGAUGCUGGCAACUUUGAUCAGAAUAAGCUGGAAGAAGAAAUGAGAAAACGAAAAGAAAGAGUAGAAAAAUGGCGAGAAGAGCAACGUAAAAAGGCCAUGGAAAACAUAGGGGAACUGAAAAAGGAAAUUGAAGAGAUGAAACAAGGGAAAAAAUGGAGUUUAGAAGAUGAUGAUGAUGAUGAAGAUGAUCCCGCAGAGGCUGAAAAGGAAGGAAAUGAAAUGGAGGGUGAGGAGUUAGAUCCAUUAGAUGCUUACAUGGAAGAAGUCAAAGAGGAAGUAAAGAAGUUUAAUAUGAGAAGUGUGAAAGGUGGUGGGGGAAAUGAAAAGAAGUCUGGGCCAACGGUCACAAAAGUUGUCACUGUCGUGACAACCAAAAAAGCAGUGGUAGAUUCUGAUAAGAAGAAAGGUGAGCUGAUGGAGAAUGACCAGGAUGCCAUGGAGUAUUCUUCAGAGGAGGAAGAAGUUGAUCUUCAGACAGCUCUUACAGGCUAUCAGACAAAACAGAGAAAGCUUCUAGAACCAGUGGACCAUGGAAAAAUUGAAUAUGAACCGUUCAGAAAAAACUUUUAUGUUGAAGUUCCAGAAUUAGCCAAAAUGUCUCAAGAGGAGGUAAAUGUAUUUCGGUUGGAAAUGGAGGGCAUUACUGUCAAGGGAAAAGGUUGCCCCAAACCAAUUAAAUCAUGGGUCCAGUGUGGCAUUUCCAUGAAGAUCUUAAAUUCUCUCAAAAAGCAUGGCUAUGAAAAGCCCACACCAAUCCAAACCCAGGCGAUUCCUGCUAUAAUGUCUGGACGAGAUUUGAUUGGUAUUGCCAAGACAGGAAGUGGAAAGACCAUUGCUUUUCUGUUACCCAUGUUUAGACACAUCAUGGAUCAGAGGUCAUUAGAAGAAGGAGAGGGGCCAAUAGCUGUCAUCAUGACUCCAACUCGAGAACUGGCUUUACAAAUUACUAAAGAAUGUAAGAAGUUUUCGAAGACCCUGGGACUUAGAGUGGUGUGUGUUUAUGGAGGAACAGGAAUCAGCGAGCAGAUUGCUGAGCUGAAAAGAGGUGCUGAAAUUAUUGUUUGCACACCUGGUCGAAUGAUUGACAUGUUAGCAGCUAACAGUGGUCGGGUCACAAAUCUUCGAAGAGUGACAUAUGUUGUUUUAGAUGAAGCAGACAGAAUGUUUGACAUGGGUUUUGAACCACAGGUCAUGCGCAUUGUGGAUAAUGUCCGUCCUGAUCGACAGACAGUUAUGUUUUCAGCUACUUUUCCCAGAGCUAUGGAGGCUUUGGCUCGCAGAAUCCUGAGUAAACCCAUUGAAGUGCAGGUUGGAGGCAGGAGUGUGGUUUGCUCAGACGUGGAACAACAAGUGAUUGUGAUUGAAGAAGAAAAGAAAUUCUUGAAGUUACUUGAGCUUCUUGGCCAUUACCAAGAGUCGGGAUCUGUCAUUAUAUUUGUGGAUAAGCAGGAACAUGCUGAUGGUCUUCUGAAAGAUUUGAUGAGAGCAUCUUAUCCUUGCAUGUCUCUUCAUGGAGGCAUUGAUCAAUAUGACAGAGAUAGCAUCAUAAAUGACUUUAAGAAUGGGACCUGCAAACUUCUCGUAGCUACUUCCGUUGCUGCCCGAGGUCUAGAUGUGAAGCAUCUGAUUCUUGUAGUAAAUUACAGCUGCCCCAACCAUUAUGAGGAUUAUGUGCACAGAGCAGGACGGACUGGAAGAGCAGGCAAUAAAGGUUAUGCGUAUACUUUUAUCACAGAAGAUCAAGCUCGCUAUGCUGGUGACAUAAUUAAAGCUCUUGAAUUGUCAGGAACUGCAGUGCCUCCUGACCUGGAGAAACUUUGGAGUGAUUUCAAAGAUCAGCAGAAAGCUGAAGGGAAAAUAAUUAAAAAGAGUAGUGGGUUCUCUGGUAAGGGAUUCAAGUUUGAUGAAACAGAACAAGCUUUGGCUAACGAGAGGAAGAAGUUGCAAAAAGCAGCUCUUGGUCUGCAGGAUUCAGAUGAUGAGGAUGCGGCAGUUGACAUUGAUGAACAAAUUGAAAGUAUGUUUAAUUCAAAGAAGAGAGUUAAGGAUAUGGCUGCGCCUGGAACGUCUAGUGUUCCUGCUCCAACUGCAGGAAAUGCUGAGAAAUUAGAAAUUGCUAAGAGAUUGGCUCUUAGAAUCAAUGCUCAGAAGAAUUUGGGCAUUGAGUCUCAGGUAGAUGUGAUGCAACAGGCCACCAAUGCAAUUCUCAGAGGUGGCACCAUCCUGGCUCCCACUGUGUCUGCCAAAACCAUUGCAGAGCAACUUGCUGAAAAGAUCAAUGCCAAGCUCAAUUAUGUGCCUUUGGAGAAACAAGAAGAGGAGAGACAGGAUGGUGGACAAAAUGAAUCUUUUAAGAGAUAUGAGGAAGAAUUAGAGAUCAAUGACUUCCCACAGACUGCUAGGUGGAAAGUUACCUCUAAGGAAGCUCUGCAGAGAAUCAGUGAAUAUUCUGAAGCCGCAAUUACAAUCAGAGGAACAUAUUUCCCUCCUGGCAAAGAACCUAAGGAAGGAGAGCGGAAAAUUUACUUGGCAAUUGAAAGUGCCAAUGAACUGGCUGUGCAGAAAGCAAAGGCAGAAAUCACCAGGCUUAUAAAAGAAGAACUGAUUCGGCUGCAAAAUUCAUACCAACCAACAAAUAAAGGAAGAUACAAAGUCUUAUAAAAUAUCUGGAAAAAACUUUUUACUUGUGCUGGUCUGUGACACAUGUGGCAAUUGUUGUCUCCAGUUUACAAUGUAUUGUAAAUUAAGAUUUUUAAAAUUCUGUCUUGCUGAUUUUUUUAAAUAUAUGAAACCAGUAUUUGGUAAAGAAAUCUUUCAGUAAGUACCACCAGAAUUAUCAAACUGUAUUUAAAGCAGGCCUGUUUUCAGCGUAUGAUGUUCUUUAAUGUAAACUUUAAAUAUCAAUAUUUUAAAUAUCUGGAUAAUACUCCAGAAGUUUAAAAAAAAUGGAAAUAUUUGGACUUUCUAUUGACAGUAAUAAAGUAUACAAGUCACUAAGGGGCUCUUCACCUUAUCCUCUUGAAAUGAAAUAGUGAUCAUCUCCUCAAAAAAAGGUAAAAUUCUCUAAUUUUCUGUCAUGUCCUGUCCCCGCUGCCCCGCACCCCAAGCUUAAAUCUUACUUGACUCAGUGGAACAAUAUGAACUGGAUUUAAGAAUGUUAUAAUAGAAUUUUUACAAAAUGUUUCAGUUUUUGUUUCAAUUUUUAUCAUCAUAAAUGGUCAAUAGUUGGACUGCUUUUUGGUUUUGUAAAAUUAAAGAUUUGUAGUAUAAGAGUUUUUUGCAUUUCUUUACACUGCAAAGAGUUUUAGUAUUUACUCCUUUUAGGUUCUCCUCACAACCUCUAGCUCUGUGUCUAGCUACUAAAUCUUUUUUAAUCUUCCUUAAAAGAAAGUGAUUUGUAGCCUAUAAAUAUUAAUGUUUCCUUUUUCCCCUGAAAGUGUUCAUAUAUCUGUACAUAAAAACACACUACUAAUUUUAAUCCACGUUUUCUCCAGGAUUAUUGAGUAGGUUAUGAAUUUUCUUUCUUAAAAAUUUUCAAGCAUAAUGGUACCUGUGUUGUAGACUUAGAUUUAAGUAUCUCUCAGUGAAAUUUAGCUCACAAGAAGUCAUAUAUUAAUUUUUGAUCCCUCAGAUACAUUUCCUGAAUAUUCUAAUUUAUUGUUAUAAUUGGAUCACCCAAUAUUCUUUUCAAGACUCCUGGUGUAUUAGAACUUGGUGGUGGUGUCACUUCUUGAAAAAAAGAAAAUUUCCAGGAAUUAAAUAGAUAUAUUUCUUAAGAGAAACAGAAGUUUCCGAAUAUUCUUGACUUGAGUUUUUUUAAAAAGAAAAAAAUAAAGUAUACUAAAAUCAUAUUAAUAGUACAUUAAGUGGUUAAAAUGACAAAGGGUAUCAAUCAUUUCUUCAAUAUAGUUAUUCUUACUGAAAAACUAAGAUGGAUAUAACCGGGAAAUAUUCUUCGAUCCCUUCCACAUCUACUUUCUUUUCUUAGAAGAAGAAAACAGACAAGACACAUGUAACAAGAGAACCAAGUAAACCAUUUACUCUAAAAUGCAGGCAUCUUGGGCUCCUUUUCCUUUCCUUUUAUUUAUUUGUUUAUUUUUAUUACCUAGUGAUUGUUUCUUUUGAUAGAAUAUGUGGUAGUCUCACAUUGGUGACAAUUGGUGCUUCCUUCAGCCUCCUGGAUCACUUUGAGAUUCAGAGUUUUACAUCAUUUUAGCAUUACUACCUUUAUGUUUGUGUAUCUAGUUGUAACAAACCACUGAUAGUAUUUUGUCCUAAAGUGAAACACGUUUCUCUGUUAUAACAUUUUUUAGUGUCACACUGACUCUUUGAUUUUUAAAAUCGGAAUGAUGUACAGACUAAAUUGUUUUUUUAAUGCAAUAUCAGUAUUUGCUCAUGUUUUCUAAAUUCCUUAUAAAAUAAAGUUAAUUCAGCCUACACUUUCCUAAAA